AUGCUUUGGAGACUCGAAUGCAACCAAUGGUUACCUGUUGCUGAGAAGGCUCUCUCUAAUAUCGAGGCUUCAGGCAACGAUAUGUUCGUGUUCGGCAUCAGCGAGGGUGACGUUGUUGUUUUCGAUCCGGAGAGUUACAAUGCUUAUCGUACAAUAGCUCUGGCGGAUCCUUCUAAGGAAUACACGGGAGUCACCUUUGAUCAAGACUCGAAUAUUCUAUAUGUAACUGAGAAGGCUACUGGGCGGAUUGCUCGGUUCAUAGGUCAGGGGGGAGUGUGGACUCCAAUUGACCCCUUGAAUGGUUCGGAUGUUCUCAUCGAGCCCACUAUUUUGCGCUUCACACUCGGUAAACUUUACGUUAGAGUGAAUGGCGGCGUUGCCUAUGCUACAAUGGACGG